CCCGCUUCUUGAUCGAUCGAGCGAGAGAGGAGGAGGAGAAGUAGACGACGAAGAGGAGGGGAGAGCGGCGGCGGCGGCGGCGGCGGCGAGAUGGUGCAGCGUUUAACCUAUCGAAAGCGGCAUAGCUAUGCCACGAAAUCGAACCAAACUAGGGUUGUGAAAACCCCAGGUGGGAGGCUUGUAUACCAGUACACGAACAAGAGGGCGAGUGGACCCAAGUGCCCAGUUACUGGAAAGAGAAUCCAAGGAAUUCCUCACUUAAGGCCUGCGCAGUACAAAAGGUCCAGAUUGUCUAGAAAUCGAAGGACUGUUAACCGUGCUUACGGAGGAGUUCUAUCCGGAAAAGCGGUUAGAGAAAGGAUUAUUCGGGCCUUUUUGGUCGAAGAGCAGAAGAUUGUGAAGAAGGUUUUGAAAAUCCAGAAAACCAAAGAGAAGCAAGCGGCAAAAAGCUAAGACUAUGGAAGAGAAGUGCAAAGCUUUGAAAGUCUUCUUUAGUUAGGCUUAAAUAUUUUUUUUUUCCCUGUGACAAUGAUUAAUGAUGACUAUUGGUUAGCUGUUGAGUAUUGUUAGAUAAUUGCUUCGUUUAGAAUGUGAUUUUCUUUCCUGAAGUUUGUUUUCUAGUGUGUGAUUUUAUAGCUACUUUUAAGUAAUCCUUAUCUUGGCAAGCAGAGUCGAGUAAUUGUUUAUAGUUUAAGCACCCUCUCCUUUUUUCUGUAGUGUGUGAGAUAGUCUAUGUUGGAUUUAGAAGCUAUUUUUAGUAAUCA